AUGCUUGUUAAUGCUUUUCGAGUACUUUACGAAUGUGAUCUUGAUCUUCAAGAGCCGAUCCGUUACUGUUUGAUUCGUGAACGUGGUCGUGGAUAUGCAAGAGGUCCUGGUAUUAGAGGUGGUCGUGGAUAUACAAGAGGUGCCGGUAUUAGAGGUGGUCGUGGAUAUGCAAGAGGUCCUGGUAGCAGAGGUGGUCGUGGCUAUGCACGUGGCCGUGGUCAAUCUUUUGGUGGUCGAUGGUUACAAAACGAACGGUUAGACUCGAUGGAUGUUAAUGAUCAACAAACAGUAUCAGUCAAUUUCUUAGGCGAUCUUGAUAUCAAUGCUGAUCCAAAACCAUUUUUUGUAGAUCCAAAGGUUACUCUAGAUCAGCAUAUUCAAGCACAAAUGACAAACCUGCCUCGUUAUGUAGCUGCGUUGUUCACACUUAAUGAGAACAGUGUUGAAAUUGGUCAGAAAGCUAAAGCAUGUGCAUUGGCUGCUGCUUGGUGCCGACAUGAUCACACUUUAGCUAAUAAUCUUUUACGUCAUCGACAAUUAUUCACUCUAACUGAAGUACUGAAAGCAGUAACGAUGUUAGAUGCUGGUCGACAACUUCGUGCUUAUGAAAAACAAAUAAAACGUCUUGAAUUAAGUAAAACAAAACCAAAAGCAACAAUAUUGGGUAAAAUGAAAAAUAAUAUCGAUAACUUAAAUAGACUCAAAGCAUCAACUGGAUCAGUCAGUGGUGCUGUAGCUCGACAUAUUCAGCGCUGGACUCGAACAUUAACUCGGCAAGAACUCGAAUAUUUUGCACUGCAUAUGCCAACAGAAUCAUGGAAAAAAUUAGCCGAUGUUGUUCAUUUUAAUCCAAGCAAAGAUUUUCCUGCUUUACCAUGGUUUUUACCAUUUUGCUUCGGUACACCAGCACCAGAAGAAACAAUGGUAGCACGUUGUCGAACUUUAACAAACGAAAAUGUAAAUGAUCUAAUUAAAGAAUUUAAAAUUCCUUAUUCACAUUUAAAACAAUUUAAAGAUCAUUUAAAUGAUAAAUCAAAAGCAAGAAUUGCAGCGUAUGAAGAGAAAUUAGAUACAAUUUUAUGGUAUUACGAAGAUUUACAAUGUUCUGACGUUGAUGAUAUUAUCAGUGAAAGACUCGAAAACGGUGAAGAAAUAAGCUUACCAUAUGGUAAACUUAUGGAACGUCUGUUAGUUCUUCGAAAAUUACGAGAUACUCCAAGUGAAACAGCAGCCGUUGGCAAUAUUCAAGAUCAAAAUUCGGUACAAUCGAGCAAAAAUAAAUGCUAUUCUUACUUAUUAUCAGUUGCUGAAAGUCAACUUGCAAAAAUAAAAUUACCAUUAGCAUCACCCGUAGCUGUCAUGGGUGAUGCAUCAUAUUCAAUGGAUGUUGCUAUUCGUACAGCAACUAUCUUAGCGUCCUUACUAACAGCAGUUUGUUCAGCUAAAUUGAACUUUUUCCAUACUGAAAUGUUUUUACCAGUAUUUAUACCGAAAACUAUUGAAGAUGUUCUUACAUUAGCAUUGACAACAAAAGCUCAUGGUUUAACAGCCAAUGCUGCUGGUUUAGUAUCAUAUUAUGAUAAUAAAGAAAUUAUUAAAACAUUUAUUAUGGUAACAGAUGAGAUAGAAAAUACAGAUGUUCAUACCGCUGAUGGCACACCAACACGAUUCUUUAAUUUGUUUAUGAAAUAUCGUUCAGAAGUUUAUCCAGCUAAAUUAGUAUUUAUUUCCUUCCUUGAUAAUCAACAUGAUCAAGGUCAAAUGUAUACAGAAUUUCUAAAUGCGAAUGUACCAGAUGUAAUUCAAUUCAAAUUCAAUGGACAACGGCCAGAUUUGACAAAAAUCGAUAAUCUCUUGGGCCUGUUAUCGACUGAUUCAUCACAAACAUUUAAUGAUCAAUUACGAAAACUACAGAAUGAAUUUGAACAAAGUAGUAUUGAAUCAGUAAUGAUGAGCUUAAUUAAUAAACAAACGAACAAUGGACCUCCAAAUGAAGUAUAACAGACUGCGACGAUAUACGAAUAACUUCUGAGUGUACAUCUAAAUUUGUUUCUUAUUUUUAAAAUAAAGAAUACAUAACAGAGGUGAACAUCAGGUCGCUACAAUCGACGUGAGUUUCACCCUGCAGCGUCGAUUGUGGCGACCUCAUGCUCACAUCUGAUACAUAAUUAUUAUUAUUACUAUAUGAUGUUCUUUUACUUAAUAGUAAGAAUAAGUGGCAAGAUUACUACGAAUCAUCGUAAUAAAUUUUCUCAUGUACAACUUUAUAAUCUGUUACUUUCGAUGCAGAACAUCAGCACAAUUAAGGUCAAUAUCUAAAUUUCAAACAGAUAGAAUUAAGAGGGUAGGUGUAUGGGUAUGGGGUGUGGAUGUGGAGUGUGGGUGGCAAUCAUAUUGCCAUCCUACCUCAACAGAUUACCCCGCAACCACAUCCACACCCAAAAUGCAUUCGUAUUCACUUGUUUUUGUUACUAUAAAUUAGUUAUGGAGCUAACUGAAGAUCAUGUUCGGAAUACACAUAAAAAACUACAUUGAGGGUGUGGGUGUGGGUGUGGGUGUGUGGGUGUGGGUGUGGGUGUGGGUGUGGGUGUGGGUGUGGGUGUGGGUGUGGGUGUGGGCGUGGGUGGGUGUGGGGGUGUGUGUGUGUGU